AUGGCUUACGACGCCCUAACUAGAACCCCACGAGGGCUAUCAGAAUUUCCUGUCGAGGUCCUCGGUAUGAAUCGGGAAGCUUUGGUUGCACUCAGCAGAACGUGCAGUACAUUCCGCGAUUUGGCGCAACCUCUGAUCUACCAUUUCCUUCCUUAUCUGCCUGGCGUUGAGAAAUUUCCCAAGUUGGUCCGGACACUCGAAGAACGGCCAGAUCUCGCCAGGCAGGUUAAACAGAUUUGCCGAGAUCCGAAUACCUCUUGUGGAUGGGAUAUUCUGGAAGAAGAAGAGGUCGAGCUCAUCAAAUCCGUUGCUCGGCGACUGGGUAUGGAGCGAGAAGAUGAUCCAUACUUUGAAGACGCUGAGGAGGUCGACAUGAGUGCUGAAGAGCUUUGCUUCGAAGUACUGGUGGCUAUGGUGCCAAAUCUUGAGUCACUAGAAAUCAGAUUGGAGGAAUACCAGAUACGCGCAGAAGAUCCGCACUUCAUCUAUCUCCAAGAGCGCUACGAUCAGCUAAAAUCUGCAGCGGCUUCGGUCCAUCUUAGACAUCUAAUCUUUGAUGGCGCUUGGGGAUUCAACGCCGACAACCGUGCCAUUACGUCUUUCUUGAACAUCUCGCCAAAAUUGGAGCACUUCGAGCUGUUAGGAUGCUUUAGUCCUUUCAGCGGGCGAGUGUUUCAAGACUCUGUGAAAAGACCGCUUCGUGUCGUUGAAAUGGAUAGGUGUUUCCUACAAGAGGAACCGGCCUCUCAUACCUUUCUAAGAGAUAUUAUUGCUCACGCCCCGGAUCUCCAGCGUUUUGAAUAUUCAUUAGGCGCAUCUUGGGCGGAAUCCGAGGGCAUUAACCAACUCCUUUCAGCUCCUGGGUUUGUGGCCUGCCUUCAGCCAGUGCAGUCUUCACUUACUUCACUUAACAUCGACUUUACUGCUCACUCCUACGUAGCUCUGCCAAGUCAUGUAUUACAAAAGGGAUCUUUACGUGCUUUCUCAAAGCUGGAAACACUCCUUCUUGACGACACCUCCAUUUGCAUACAUCAUCACGAAAAAGAAGCAGCCCCAUCUUGCCUCGUUGAUAAUAUCCCCCCAAAUUUACACACUCUAAAACUCCGCGUAUGUCAAGAUACGUCUAUAUGGGGAGAUUUAGAGAAGCUCAGUGCGGAUAUCCAGAGAUUCCCACAAUUGAAGGAGCUCGUCGUUAAUGUAACGGAACACAGUUAUGGUGAGAAUAUUGACCCAGAGGAGGUCCGCUCGAUGAUACAUAGUUAUGGUCGCGAAUUAGCAACUGCUCUGCUUGGAAGUAGCGUGGCCUUUACGUUGUUCUUUGACUGGGAGCCAAUCUCUAUCCCCGCAGCUCAGAUUCAGUCGGACGAACUCUGA